GCUCCCUGGCGGGCGGCCGGGGCGCCGGGCGGGCGGCGCUAAGGCCCGGCGGCGCGGGGCGGCGCGGCGCUGCCGUGUUGACAGCGGCGGCGACGGCGGGGGCUGCCCCGGGAAGCAGGUUGGCGGCGCCGGGCUGCCGCUGCCCUGCCCGGCAUGGCCUUCAUGGAGAAGCCGCCGGCCGGCAAGGUGCUGCUGGACGACACGGUGCCGCUGACAGCGCAGAUCGAGGCGAGCCAGAGCCUGCACUCGCACACGGAAUACAUAAUCCGUGUUCAGAGAGGAGUUUCACCGGAAAACAGUUGGCAGAUUGUGAGGCGAUACAGCGACUUCGACUUGCUUAAUAAUAGUUUGCAGAUCUCAACUCUAAGUCUACCUCUUCCUCCAAAAAAAUUGAUUGGAAAUAUGGAGCGUGAAUUCAUAGCUGAAAGACAGAAAGGACUCCAGACCUAUCUUGAUGUAAUUACUACCCAUCACAUACUGUCUAACUGUGAACUGGUAAAAAAGUUCUUGGAUCCAAACAGCUAUUCUGUAAACUACACUGAAAUUGCCUUACAGCAUGUUUCAAUGUUCUUCCGAUCAGAGCCAAAGUGGGAAGUAGUAGAACCAUUAAAAGAUUUAGGUUGGCGAAUACGUAAGAAAUAUUUUUUAAUGAAGAUUAGGAAUCAACCAAAGGAACGGCUAAUGUUAAGCUGGGCUGAUCUUGGCCCUGAUAAAUACUUGUCUGACAAAGACUUACAGUACGCUGUGAAACUUCUUUCUUCCUGUUCUCAUCCCUAUAUUUACAAAGUCACUUUUGUCACUGCCAGUGAAUCUUCAGCACUGGUUAUUAGGCCAUUCAGUGAAAAAGGGACACUAAAGGACCUUAUUUAUAAGGCGAAACCAAAAGACCCAUUCUUGAAGAAGUAUUGCAAUCCUAAAAAAAUUCAAGGUCUUGAACUUCAACAAAUAAAAACAUAUGGAAGACAAAUAUUAGAGGUAUUAAAAUUCUUGCAUGAGAAAGGAUUUCCUUAUGGCCAUCUUCACUCCGGCAAUGUGAUGUUGGAUGGAGACACGUGCAAGUUACUAGAUCUAGAAAAUUCCUUGUUGGGACUUCCGUCAUUUUAUCGAUCAUACUUUUCACAGUUUCGGAAAAUUAAUACUUUAGAAGGUAUUGAUGUACAUUGCUUUGGACACUUACUGUAUGAAAUGACAUAUGGAAGACCCCCAGAUACAGUUCCAGUAGACAGCUUCCCUCCUGCACCAUCAGUGUUUGUUGUGUCUGUGUUGGAAUCCAUUCUGACCUGUGAAGCUAUGAAGAAUGGCAUGCCAACUGUUUCACGGCUCUUACAGAUGCCAUUAUUCAGUGAUGUCCUGCUAACAAAUUCUGAGAAACCACAGCUUAAGAUUCCUACCAAGCUAAAAGAGGCAUUGAAAAAUUCCAAGGAAUGCAUAGAAAAAAGAUUAACAGAAGAACAGAAAUUGAUUCACCAGCACAGAAGACUGACAAGAGCUCAAUCUCAUCAUGGCUCUGAAGAAGAAAAAAAGAGAAGGAAAAUCUUAGCCCGAAAGAAGUCAAAACGCUCUGCCUAUGAAAGCGGGGAAGAACAUUCAGCAAAAUACAGCAACUCAAAUAACUCAGCAGGCUCUGGGGCGAGUUCCCCAUUAACAUCUCCAUCAUCCCCCACUCCACCCUCUACAGCAGUAUGCAGUCACCACGUGCACGCUGGCAGCAGGAGGACCUGUUAGUGAUCUGCUCUGCGUUUGACAUCGUGCAGAUUGCCCUACCUGAAAGUGCUUUAGUGUGCUGAUGGCAGUGGUGCAUUCGAUUGGGUGUGACAGCAACUGCCACCGUUCCAGCAGUGCUUUUGUAAGUAGAUCUCAUAGGAGAAACUUCAGAUAUUAGCUGUAAGAGAAAGCUAGUGUGCCCAACUUCUCACCAAUAUUGUUGCACUUUUAGUUGUUCUAUGCUAGUAUAUUAUUAAUGACCCAGUGAAAGCCUAAUUGUCCCCCUGUUAGGACUUCCUUCCUGAAGACUGAUGCAUCUAUAGCUUGCAUCUCUCCCAUCCUGCUUCCUUGUAAUUACUAAGAAUAUUUACACCUAAAUCAAAAUUUCACAUGGGUACCAGUGUGGCAAGAUGACUGUCAGAGGGGAAUGAAGCUUUUGAUCCGUCUUGCUGCUUUGGUCGUGGUAGUGUUAGUACCGUGGCAUGCCAAAGCAUCUCGCUGAUGUGAUGCCAUCUGAUUUGAUGCAGAAUGAAGGCUGAGUAUCCAACAACCAACCAACCAAAUCAAUGCAGUGUGUGGGUAUGUGCAGAGCUGGGGACGCUGACCAGACGUGAGCGGGCUCCAGGCUGGCCUGCCCUGGAGGAGGAACCUCAUCCAGGGAACUUCUCAAGCAUCUGGCCACUCUGUCUUUAAACAGAGGCUGCACGAGACUCAGCCUGCAGUGGAGUGCUUGGUAUAGUCAAUGCAAAACAGGCUAAGAAAAAAAAAGUUGCUGGCUGCAGCAAUCUUUGUAAUGAUGGCCACAGCUGUAGGGUUCAAUCAGUAUGUGACCUGCUUUGAGGGGAAGGUAUCUGCUAGAAAUGUAGACUCUCAUGAGCUUUUUCUAGUUUACUAGAAUAUUUGUACUGAGUUUAUAUUGAUGAACUGCAAAUUACAUAAUCAUGGUAGUCUUGAUUCUGUUUUGGUUUAAAAGCUAGAAGACUUUGAAUUACAGUCUUGAAAAUGCCAUGAAACUCAUUCUCCUUUGUAGCUUGAUGUGAAAGAACACUAUGCUUGAGUUGUAGGACUAGAUAGUCCUAACAUUUGAAAGGCUGCAUUAUCUUUGUUUGAGAGUCGAUUACUUGAUAGUAGAUCCAGUCCUAGAGGUUUGUACUGGUGGUUGUAUCUCUAACCCAACCACUUGUUACUGUGUAAGUCUGAAGUAAUUACUUGGUAGCGGGUGCAUUAUGCCAAAUACCAAUUACCGUAGUACCUUGACUUAAAUAACUGAGGCAUAUAGGACCUGAGUUGGUUCCCAUGCAUGGAAGGUUCACUGAUCUGUAGUUUAAUAGUGCUAAUAUGAAGGCUACAGAUAAGCAGUGCCUCCUCUUACUCUCCUGUUAUUUUUAGUUUUUAUUUAUGUAUGACUUUCCAAUCCACUGAAAGUGAGUUUCAAGGAUGCACACAUCUGUUCUAGAAGUUGAAUUUUGAAUUUGUGCCACAGUGUAUUUUUUUUAGUAACAUGUGGAUACUCUUCUGGUUGGGGCUUGAACUGG